GCGAUUCGAAAAUACUUAUUCUUGACAGAGCGCGCGCGUCGGUCGCAUCGUUCUUGGAUUAUCGCGUUCGCGCCGUUGCAAGAUAUACUGCUGGAACUGGAAGUCAGUCGACGUGCGUCGUUUUUAGUCCUAGUUUUUCGGUCUGUCAGCAGUAGUAUGUACAUUUUUGUCCGGUGAAAACGGGAUAAUUGGGAAAAUCACUAGUGAAGUUUAGAGUUGUGUUUUCUGUUCUCGACAGGUUGCUCAAAGUCACUAGAAAUAUUUAUACGCCUUUGCACCAGCAAUAUGCCCUCCAAGAGAAACACGUUUUACAUUGCCUUCGGACUAACGCAAUCCCUACUGAUUGUUAUCUGUUCGAACCAUCUUAGCUAUGCUCAGGAACAGAUAACAUCGUUAGAUUCGCCGUUAUUUAUAGCAAAGUUUAGAGGUUUCCGCAGUAUGGCUCUUAACAUCAUUGGAAGCACGGGCAAUAAUCCUUACAAAUUUAAAAUCAACUUAAAAGAGGGGAAACUGCAAAGGCAAUUUCCUCUGGACUACCCAUUCUUCUGCAACACAACCGGAAUGCGAAGUUCAACUGUUCCUACGUCGGUGGACAUGCUACGACCUGGCGACAUAGAUAUUGUAGGAGCUAUUGGCGAUUCUUUGACAGCUGGAAAUGGUGCGAUGGCCACAAAUAUUCUGGAGGUACUAGUAGAAAACAAAGGCCUUUCCUGGAGUAUUGGAGGUCAAGGCACUUGGAGACAGUUCCUAACAAUACCAAACAUACUUAAAGAAUACAAUCCAAACUUGUAUGGAUAUCCUAUAAAAGAUGGAGUAUCAACUAGCAGAGCUUCACGCUUUAAUGCAGCCGAAGGCGGUGCCAUGAGCCAAGACAUCCCACACAUGGCAAAAAAUCUAGUCAAACGCAUGCUCUAUGAUCCAAGAGUAGAUUUAAAGAACCAUUGGAAACUGAUAACCAUACUUAUAGGAGGAAACGACUUUUGUGCCAAUAUUUGCUACACGAAUCCACCAGAGAAAACCUUGGAGUACCACGAGAAGAACAUACUAACUGCCUUGAGAAUCUUUCGUGAUUAUCUACCGCGUACUUUUGUAAAUCUAAUCGCAAGUCCAGAUGUCGGUAUCCUAACCCGAUUUAAAGGAAAACCACACCAAUGUGUCACGAUGCACGCCGUGGAAUGUCCCUGUUUUAUCGCAUCUCGCUUUCGCAGCGAAAAGCAACGCUUCCUGAAGCUGAUCGAAAAGUGGAACCUGCUACAGCUGGAUAUCACAAACCGGGAGGAAUUUCACCAGAAGCCCGACUUUAGUGUGGUCUAUCAACCGUUUAUCAUGAAUUUAACGUUUCCGGAUAGGUCAAACGGGGAUACAGAUUUCAGCUACAUGUCAACCGAUUGUUUCCAUUUAAGUCAGAAAGGUUAUGCUCGUGCCAGCAAUGCAUUGUGGAAUAACAUGUUAGAGCCGAUAGGAAAGAAAGCUGAUAAUUGGGAGCACGAGUUUACAAACUUCAAGUGUCCAACGCCAGAAAUGCCCUACCUUCGGACACGGGGCAAUAGCUAAGUCAGGUGGUAUAAUCCGCUUAGGUUGAUGAAGGUGCUUAAUCUGUGAUACUAUGUGCUGUAUUGAAUUACUUGGUUGGCGUUUUCUUGCCUAUUUGGGAAAUCCAGUGUUGAAGUAUGAAUGUUUGUAAUAAGUAUACUCUUGUGCAAUAUAAAGGAGAAUACUAAAAUACAAUUCACUAUAGGAAUGCUGAGGAUAGUAUGAUCAUGAUGAGCCAUUUAUUUAGAAGCAUGUAUGGUUGGUAAAAUUCAUAUUUUCUGGAGAUUGACGUGGAAGUUAUUUUAGCGCUGCCCAGAGUAACAGAAUUUUGAUUGCUUUAUCAUUGCGUGGUGACUAUCGUAUCCCAAUAAACCAUUUUUUAUUUCUCAACGAUAAGAAGGAGGAAGAUCUCCCUAAGCAUCUGAAUAGUCACCAAGCAGUUUACUAUGCUAAAGCCAACAUGAUGACAAACGUAGCCUCCAUGUAAAUUUACGCUUCCAGAUUUACUCCAAAUUGACAAAUACGACAAUAAAAUUUUAUUGA